GAUUUCUUCCGCGUUUACCUGCAGCGUGAGUCUCCCAAAUGGGCGUUUAUUGUUGAAUUGAACAGGUCGCAAACAGAGCUGUGUCCUUGGGUAGAAAGAGAAAAGGAAAAGGAGAAAGAAAAGGGAAAGGGAAAUGAGCUAAAAAAGUUGAACCGAAUAAAAGGCACUUUUAAAGUUUUGUUUUCGUUAAAGUUAGCUGAAGUUGUUCACAAUGGGAUGUUGCAACAGCACCGAGAGCAAACGGGACUGGAAACCGCUGGAACAGCACAGCUGCACGGACGUCCCAUGGCUCAUCGUAUUCACCUUGUUUUGUAUCGGGAUGGUGUGCAUUUGUGCCUUUCCCAUCGCCACAGGAGCUGCCUCCAGGCUUAUCUCUGGAUAUGAUAGUUACGGCAACACCUGUGGCAUGAAUAACACCAAGAUCGAGGGAUUACCUCUCAGUGGCCGGGACAUGAGGGAAAACAAGUAUGUUUUCUUUCUAGACCCAUGCAACCUUGACUUAAUAAACAGGAAGAUCAAGUCCAUUGCCCUGUGUGUCUCCAAAUGUCCUGCUGCUGAACUGAAGACGCUCAGUGAUUUGAAGCAGUUUGCUCUGAAUAACGGUGAGAAAAGUGAAAUAUGAU